AUGCGUCGUUCUGCAUCGAAGAAGAAAUCAGGUCAAUCAAACGUUGAUUCAAUCACAUCUUCCACCACGGAUCUCUUUCGCUCAGCUUCGAGUAAGGCGUCGACUAAAGAAAUGGAUCGAAUAGAUCAUUUGUUUAAUCAGUAUGCCAAUAGAUCUUCCAAUCUGAUUGACCCUGAAGGAAUAGAGGAACUAUGCUCCAAUUUGGAAGUGUCCCAUACGGACAUCAGAAUCUUGAUGCUUGCUUGGAAAAUGAAAGCUGAGAAACAAGGUUACUUUACACAGGAGGAGUGGAGAAGAGGCCUCAAGGCUUUAAGAGCUGAUACAAUCAGUAAACUGAAGAAAGGCCUUCCCGAGCUCGAGAAAGAGGUCCGGAGGCAAUCAAAUUUUGCUGAUUUCUAUGCUUAUGCCUUCCGCUAUUGCUUAACAGAGGAGAAACAGAAGAGCAUAGACAUAGAGACUAUAUGCCAACUCCUGGAUAUCGUCAUGGGAUCUACAUUCCGAGCCCAAGUUGACUACUUUGUCGAGUAUUUAAAGAUCCAAAACGACUACAAAGUCAUAAACAUGGAUCAAUGGAUGGGAUUUUACCGAUUCUGUAACGAGAUAAGUUUCCCGGAAAUGACGGAGUACAAUCCAGAGCUUGCAUGGCCAUUGGUUCUCGACAAUUUUGUUGAGUGGAUUCGUGAAAAACAAACCUGA